GUGAAUAUUACUGAGAACCUUUGCUCUCUGUAGGUACAUCCCACGACUGGAGGCUGCGCUGCGGUGCCGUUGACCUGUACUUCACGCUGUUUGGUCUCAGCAGGCCUUCCUGCUUGCCCCUGCCAGAGCUUGGGUUGGUUCUUAACCUAAAAGAAAAGAAAGCUGUACUGAAUCCUACCAUAAUCCCUGAAGUUGGGACAAUUGGUCCGGAACCUCCUAGCAUUCCAAACAAUAUGGGUCAAAUAGUUGGCUUCCAAAGCACAGAGGAGGACCAUCUUGUUAAAGAAACAACACUCAUCCCUUUUCAGCAAGGGUUGAAGCGAAAGGCUGAUACGCCACUUGGGUCUCCCCUGGAACCAGGCCAGAUACUUGAGAAGACUGAAGACAGUAAAGUCAAACUCAAAAUAAGAUUCUCAAACUCUCAAGAAGAAGAAGAGAUUGAUAUGGACACAGUGCAUGAUAGUCAAGCUUUUAUAUACCAUCAUUUGAAUAUGCUGGAAAGACCAUCUACACCAGGUAAAGAACAGUCCUCACUCGAGUUGAACAUGUUGCCAAUGCCUGCAACACCACUGUCUGGUUUUCCUAAAGAGUCCAGUUCAUCCAAGCACAGUGAGCACCAUCACCACCACCAUCAUGAGCACAAGAAGAAAAAGAAAAAACACAAACACAAGCAUAAGCAUAAACACAAACAUGAAAGCAAGGAAAAAGAGAAGGAGCCUUUCACUUUCUCCAACAGCCCUGCCAGUGGACGGUCCAUUCGCUCUCCCUCCCUGUCUGACUGAAGCCAACUACGCUAUGUUGACAGAACAUUUGCAGGCUAUGUACAUGUUCAUUUUUCGUUGUGGCAAAAUGCAAGCAACAGUUGUGGAUCAGAUACCAGGUUAAGAUUGAAAUUCCAAGUUUCUCUUCUGUUGGCUAAUCACAAUGAUCAAUUUGGAGUGAAGGAAAGAGGGUGAUUUUACAUUCAGAGCCAAUCUCUGUGACAGUGUUCUCGAUCCAGCGACUUUAUAUUUCCCAUUGAAAGGAGCAGUAAUGCUUAUAUACCUGUGUCCUAAAUCUGCAGCCUAAGAGGUUGCCUGGGUAUCCCGUCUGAAUAAAUUAUAUUUUAAACUUUUGAUGAGAGUCCUGAAGUGGGAAGUAUAUAUUAAAGAAAAACCUACUGCCAAACCUUAUGCAAAAGCUGCAGUUGUGGAGAGUGUUGUAUAACUUAAUGUAAACCUCAUGGAGCUGUCUCUUCAGAUAUUAUUUUCAGGUGUUCUGCCACUGUUUUAAUUCCUUAAAAACAUAUUCAGUUACAAGCUGUUUAUUUUAAGACACUGAUUUUAUAAAACAAUUACAAAGCAGAGAUGCAUUUGGCAAUUGUUUCCAUAACCCUUUUCUCCUUUAAAAAAGUUACUGUGUGCCCUGUAAUUAGACUCAUAACUAUAUAAUGAAGCUCAAGCAAAACCAAACCCUCAUGAAACUGGCAUAGGAGGCUUUUCCAUAAAACUUCAAUUAACCUUUAAAAUACACUGAUCAUGGGGAAACCCAGUGGAAAGACUUUUAAACUCACUUGUUUCUAGUAAAUUUGCUCAGAAACUGUGACAAAAUCCUCCUGAAAUGUCCAGAAGUACGCUGUUUUAUUGUAUAAUAACCAGUUAAGUAUUUCAUUGCACAUUUUGAUAAUUAUGUCAAUUGGGACUGCUUUCUAACAUUUUUCUUUUGCAUCAGUAUAGCAUUAGUUCUUUCUUUCUUCCAGUCACCCACAGUUUUCUGGAACAUUGUGAGAUGCUUCAAUAAUCAAGUUCAUUGUUUUUCUUGUGAAUUCCACAUUUAAAUUAAGAUAUUUUUUUAAAAAAAAACCUAGAUAUGUAUGUAUAUUAUUUUUAGUUAUACAGCUUAUUGGCAAAAAGAGACACUUGACAAGGGACAAGGGGCCCAAUACGUUUUUUUAAAAGAGAAGGAAUUCAUUAAUAAAUACUUUUUAUACAA